GCGGUGGAAACGGUAAACAAAACCACAAACUGACACAGCCAGUGGUCAGAGGGCGAGUGUUUAUCGAUAAAUCAUUCAAUAUACGGGUGGCAUGAAGCUCCGGCUGACGUGGAUCGUGCUGGUGUGGACCAUUUAUCUUCCUAGCUCUGCGGAAAUAUUAUGGAGCUCCGCGCACGCCGGAGACGCGGUAACGGUGGAAUGCCGACUGCAGGAAACAUCCGAUCUACGGUACUGGUUUAUGCAACGUCCCGGUCAAGGACCCACUACCAUCCUUUUCCACCGCGCCUCCGGCGGCCCCGCCAGCUACUUUAACGGCUACGGCCAUAAUUUUACUCCCUCCUUUGACCGCAGAACCCACUGCUCCCGACUAAGGAUUGCGAAUAUCAGUGUUUCGGACGCCGGGGUGUAUUAUUGCGCAGCCCGGACCGGGGGCGAGAUGAAAUUCGGUACUGGGACUGCGCUGGCCGUGACAGGAGUUUCCGAAAAUGCACGUGAAAGGGGAAAAACAGGAUCCGAUUGCUUCAUUACUGGAUUCACAGGAAAUGACAUGCAGAUUCUGUGGGAUGUGACAUUGAGUAACAGGACUAUGGGCACCCAAGGCCGAAUGAGGAGCUUUAAUGUCCAGUGCAAAGUCAGCCUGGAGGAUGGUCGAGGAAUGAUGCAAUCGUGUCAAUGUGAAACCAUGGAUGCAAAUACCACGUUGGGAAGCACAGAUAUUCCCUGGGGCCUGAAUAUGCUGAGCCAGAAUCUAUGUGGAGUCAUCGGUCUAUUAAUAGUAAUCCUGUUCUGCGUACUCAUCUAUUUCAACUGCUUCAGUGGUAAAGCUUUGAAACAUCCGUCAGUUAACAGCCUGAUUAAAACGUCAAGACUGACUGAAGCGGGCCCCAGGCCACAGGACCAGCGGUUGCUAAGGGAGCAGCGGUUGCCACGGGACCAGCAGCUGACAAAUGAACAGCAGCUCCCAUGGGGCCAACAGUUGCCGCAAGAGCAGCGGCUCUCAAGGGACCGGCAGUUACCACAAGACCAGCCGUUGCCGCGGGCCCAACGGUUGCCGCGGGAACAGCGGUUGCCACAGGUCCAGAGGUCGCCUCAUGUCCAGCAGUUGGCACAAGAGCGGUGGACGCCACAGGGACAGUAUCAACAGACAGAUCAGCAGUUACCCAGAAAGAAGAUGCAGACUGGCCCUCUGAGUUUACCAUCAAAGCCACAAAUAGCUUCACAGGAGGAGCCUCAGUGGAUGCAGCAAUUGCCACAGGAAAGUCAGGUGCAUUAUUCCACCUUAAAUUUGGUAGCAAUGGAAAAAAAGACAAAGAAAAGAUGAUUUUAAACAUCAACAACAGAUACGUGAUUCAGUACUCUAUAAACUUCCUUCAGCACUUCUGUGAAGAUUAUUUGGUGAUGUAAUUUCCUUAAAAUUAGGAAGAUAUCAGCAUUUAAAAACUGACUUUCCUGGUGUUUGAUCUGCAGUGCUGCACUGCGCGGGUAAUGUGGCAGGAUUUCCCCAGUUUUGGGUUACCACCGCUCUGUGAUGCACAACAAUUUCCUUAUGAUGUGCCUCUGACGCAGAGAAGCAUUUUCAAGGUGCGAGAGGGUGGCACCGAAAAUUUGUCUUUGGAGAUCAUUGUCUCUAAAAGUAAGAUCAUGAAGACUCUCUAAGGUUAAAUUUGCUAAUGUAUUUGUGUUAUCAGUAGUCCAUAAGGAUUUUAUUGUCAGGACAAUGAAUGUAAUUAUUUUCAAGUUACAGCAUACUUAAUGCAAAUACUGCAUUGACCAAUGAGUCAAAGACGAAGUGAGGAUUAUUAUUCACAUUAAAUGUCCAGUUGUACAGCAAAUUCAUAGAAACAUAGAAAAUAGGUGGAAUAGGCCAUUCAGCCCUUCGAGCCUGCACCGCCAUUCAGUAUGAUCAUGGCUGAUCAUCCAGCUCAGAACCCUGUACCAGCCUUCCCUCCAUACCCCCUGAUCCCUUUAGCCACGAGGGCCAUAUCUAACUCCCUCUAAAACAUAGCCAAUGAACUGGCCUCAACUGUUUCCUGUGGCAGAGAAUUCCACAGAUGCACCACUCUCUGUGUGAAGAAGUUUUUCCUAAUUUCGGUCCUAAAAGGCUUCCCCUUUAUCCUCAAACUGUGACCCCUCGUUCUGGACUUCCCCAACAUCGGAAACAAUCUUCCUGCAUCUAGCCUGUCCAAUCCCUUUAGGAUUUUAUACGUUUCAAUAAGAUCCCCCCUCAAUUUUCUAAAUUCCAACGAGUAUAAGCCUAGUCGAUCCAGUCUUUCAGUAUAUGAAAGUCCUGCCAUCCUAGGAAUCAAUCUGGUGAACCUUCUUUGUACUCCCUCUAUGGCAAGGAUGUCUUAAUUCUUAAUUAAUUAAUUAAUGUCUUAAUUCAGGCAAUUUAGACAGUAAACUGAUUACUAGCUAAUUAGAAUCAGGUUAGGUAGCACCAGCAUAUGGCUGUGAAAUUUGUUAACUAUGCGGCAGCAGUACAACGCAAUAUAUGAAAAUAUAUUUUGUUAAAAACUGAAUUGCAGUAAUUGUAUAUAUAUGUUAUUAAAUAGGUAAAUUAAGAUAAGUAGUGCAAAAACAGAAAUAAAAAUUUAAAAAAAGUAGUGAGGUCGUGUUCAUGGGUUCAAUGUCCAUUU